UUGAAGAAAAAUGGAUCAUAGUCGUGUUCAGCAGCAACCAAUUACUUCUGGUUUAACUAGGUAUCGAUCUGCGCCAAGUUCUUAUUUCUCGACCCUAUUAACUACUACUAAUCCUGUUACUGGUGGGGGUUGUGGUUAUGCAAGAGAUGAUUUCUCUCACUUGCAAAAUUCUAGUGCUUCUUCAUCUACUGAUAUAGAGCAAGUUUUCGCUAGAUUCGUAGCUAGUAUUGGUAACUCCAACUCUAACUCAGGGAAUUUCCAUACAAAUCAACAAAUUCAGGAAAACCCCACGAGUAAUAUGAAUGUUAGAUCGGAUUUUACUGUUCCAAAACAAGAGGUUACACCGCGAUUAGUGCGGCAUAGGAGUAGUGAUUACUCUCUUGUUUCACAAAUGAAUUAUCAAAAUCAGAGUCAACCGUUCAUUUCACCUGUGAAAAAGGAACCAGAGACUGAUCAUGCUUCAGCUUCACAAAUGAAAUACCAAAGCCAACCUCAACAAAUUGAGAAGUCAAGGGAAGUCACAGAUAAGUCGUUUGUCUUCGCGAGUUCGGCUAGUUUGACACCUGGUAGUAGUGGUGGUGGUGGUAAUUCGAAUCUUACCCGUUAUAAUAGUUCGCCUGCUGGAUUCUUUGCUCAAAUCAAUAUCGAAAAUGAAUAUGGUGCUAUGCGAGGCAUAGGGAGUUAUGGAACUGGUACUAAUGCUGCUACAGAAACUUCAUUGUCGACUCCGAAAAGUUUCAAGACUCAAGUUGGAUUCUCAUCCGGGAAACCUCCUGCUUCUCCCAGGCUAAUGGCUCCAAUCUCUGAAUUUAGAGAUAAAGUCUUGGAAGAAAAGAGCACGGGGAAUGAACAAAAAAACGAUGAGAACUGCAUUACAGAUUUCCCCAUGCCUUCUUGGGAAGAUUCACACAUUUUGUCUGACGAUUUCCUCAAAGCUGAAGACAUUGAGAUUGAGCCAUACUCUAAUGAAGAUGCAUCCCAUAAUCAGAAUAGUGAAGGGCUGGCUCGCCCGCCAAUUCCCUUAUCUCACCAUUUGAGUUUGCCCACAAGUAUCAUGGAGAAGCUCUUGCAAGAUUCAGUACACUUGAAUGUCAGAGCAAAGAGGGGUUGUGCAACUCACCCUCGUAGCAUUGCAGAAAGGGUGAGAAGAACACGAAUAAGCGACAGAAUGAGGAAGCUGCAAGAGCUUGUUCCCAACAUGGACAAGCAAACAAACACAGCAGAUAUGCUGGAUUUUGCAGUAGAUUAUAUUAAAGAGCUGGAGAAACAAGUCAAGAUAUUAGCAGAAAUGCGCUCCAAAUGUACGUGCAUAAAUAAGUAAAAAGCUACAGAUCAAAAGGUGAAAGUAGGAUGAAAGGGAAAUGAUAACUUGAAAUCAGCUAGCAGAAGUGGAUUCCCUUUGAUACUUGAAGAAGACAAUGGGGAUGGCAUUUUGGUGGGUAGAAUAUAUAGAAGCAAACUCAUUUGAUUAUAUAAUAUACUUUU